CGCCCAUCGCAGGCGAGACUUCCGGCUGUAACGGCUUUGGGCCGGCUUCUGCUGACGGAGUUGACAUUCGCCGAGACCGGGAUGGUGUUGCUCGAGAGCGAGCAGUUCCUGACGGAGCUGACCAGGCUCUUCCAGAAGUGCCGGUCGUCGGGCAGCGUGUACAUCACCCUGAAGAAGUAUGAUGGUCGCACCAAGCCUACUCCACGGAAGAGUUCUGUGGAGGGCCUCGAGCCCGGAGAAAACAAGUGUCUGCUGAGAGCCACAGAUGGGAAAAGGAAGAUCAGCACUGUGGUGAGUUCCAAAGAAGUGAAUAAGUUUCAGAUGGCCUAUUCAAACCUCCUGAGAGCUAACAUGGAUGGGCUGAAGAAGAGGGACAAGAAGAACAAGAGUAAGAAGACCAAGCCAGCACAGUGACAGCCGUGGCCAUUAGCAACAGCUGAAGGGCACUUUCCUGUGUUUGCUGCUUUUGGCACCCUCUGUGUGUAACUGUUUCCAUGGGUUGUUUAAGAGAGGAGGGCUGGCUGAUCAUAGGGUAGUUGUGGUAAGAAGAUCUUAGAUCUUCACUGUAUGGUUGCAUAUUCUUAGAUUCCAGCCUUAAUGUCUAGUCAUCUUUGAAGAGCUGUGUGUCAUUAAGUCCAUCCACGCUAGCUGUUUCUUUGCCUGCCCUGUUCCUGACAGUAACUACUAACUCUUGAAUGAUACAGUUACUCAGUUGGGUUUUUUUGCCUUGUCUUUGAGAAUACUGUAAUAGAAAUCUGGCAGUUUUAUUAAAAGUCAUGUUAUCCUAUGGA